ACAACUGACUGCCAAGCAUAGCUAACUGACUCGUAACUAACUCCUCUCUUCUCCGGGCUGUUUUCAUACAAAAGUGAAAAUGGUGGACAGCUGUUGUGCCCCGGGGUGUCAUAACAGUCGACACGCGAAGGGGAGAGCGUUUUAUCGAAUCCCGAAAGAUCCUGAAAGACGGCAGAGGUGGAUUACUGCCAUAAAACGUGCCCGAAGCGAGCAGAAGAAAACGGAGCGGUGGGAGCCCAAAGGCAACGGAUUCCGCUUGUGUAGUGAUCACUUCAUAUCAGGGAAAAAGAGUAAUAACCCUCUGUUACCUGACUACGUCCCAUCCAUCUUCAAACAUGUGCCAUCCCCAGAGAAGAGAAGGAGGAUGCAGUUAGAUGUAUUCAACAGAAGACAGAAGACCAAACUCCAAAGAAGAGAGCAAGCAGAAACACCAUCAGCUGCCCCAGUGACCCCUCUAACAGCCUGUCCUCAAGACAGCAGCAAGCACCCUAAUGCAGGUCAUCUCACAGAAAAAGCUCCUGUGGAGGAAUCAACCCAAAAAGAACUGGAAAAUGAUUUCCAGUCCAUUCCUGAUGAUAAUGAUGAUCCAGAAACUCCACCGUGUUCCAGUGAAAACUGUAAGAAACAUAUUAAAUCUCUUGAGAUGGAAUGCCAAGCUCUGAGGACUGAAAAUAUGUUGUUGAAAGAGAAAAUGAAUAGAACUGGACUAAAUGAGAUGAGUCUACAAAACAACGAUAAAAAGGUUAAUAUUCUCACUGGUUUACCAACAUAUUCAUUGCUAAUGACAGUUUUUAGUUUUGUAGCUCCCUAUCUAAAACACAAGUCUGGCCUGACACUAUUUCAGCAGUAUAUGCUGGCUUUAAUUAAGCUGAGAAUGAAUUUGUCUUUUGACUUUUUGGCUUAUUAUUUUGGUGUUGAUUUGACCACUGUUUUAAAGCUUUUCAAACACUGCAUUAGUGUCAUGUAUUGUAGACUAGUGACAAGUCUAGUUAUAUGGCCUGACAAGGAAUCAUUAAGAAAAUCUCUUCCAUAUGCAUUUAGGAACAGUACGGUUGAAAGGACAGUUUGCAUUAUUGACUGUUUUGAAAUAUUAAUUGAGAAACCUCGCAACUUGUUAGCCAGUGCUCAAUGUUAUUCAACAUACAAGUCACACCAUACCAUGAAAUAUUUAAUUGCCAUUUGCCCACAAGGUUACAUUUGUUUCAUUUCCAAUGGCUGGGGAGGCCGCACGAGUGAUAAGUUCAUCACAGAGCAAAGUCAUUUUUUGUCUCAUUUGCUCCCAGGGGACCUAGUUUUGGCAGACAGAGGUUUCAAUGUCAAAGACUCUCUACAGUCUUGCCAAUCUGAAUUAAAGAUUCCAGCAUUCACUUGUGGCAAGAAACAGCUAGAUCCUGUUGAGUUGGAGAACACCAGAUGCUUAGCAUCUCUUAGGAUACACAUUGAAAGAAUCACUGGAGUUCUCCACCAAAAGUACAGUGUUUUGCAAAGCACUGUCCCCAUUGGUUUCACUGACAUUGACCAAGAAAAUGAUGUGACAGACCUCGACAAAAUUGUCAAAGUAUGUUGUGCCCUUACAAAUGUCUCUGAAGCUGUUGUACCCUCUCAGUGAUCCUGAAACAGGUGUAGGGUGUCAGUCUGACAACAGAUGUUGGAUAAAGUAACUAAAUACAGAUAUGUUCAUGUUACUCAUAACAGAUGUGAUGUAAUGCCUCUCAUUACAAAUCUAUUUAGGGAUGCACAAUAUGGAUAUUUUUUAGCCGAUAUCCACCUGCUUCUCAUGGUCAAUACUGAUAAGAUGACUAAUAAUUUCACAUUUUUGUAUUUUAAAAGAAGUUCAUAUAACCUGUAUUUUAUGCACACUGCUAAGAUGAGAUGUAGUGAACAGAGAUGGAUGAUUUAUUAUUUCAUAGCUCUGAUCAAACCAAAUUUGACAUCACUAUUACAACAAAAACAAAGAACAGCUCUGACUUAACUUAACCUAAUAUACUUUGGCUUUUAUAGUGUUUUCUGAAGAAUUCAAAUGAAGUGCUCUGACAAUCUGUCAUAUCAGAUAACUCCAUACAGAUGUACUUGUGUGACUCAUAACAGAUGUAGAACUGCAACGAUUAAUCAAUUAUGACAUUAAUCCUCAACUGUUUUGAUAAUGGAUUAAUCGGUCUGUGUAAUUUUGGAAGCCAAAAGUCCACGUUCUCUGAUUUAAGCCUUGUAAGUAAUGAUUUUUCUGGUUUCUUUGCUCCUAUGGCAGUAAACUAAAUAUAUUUGGGUUGUGAGCAAAAUAACACAUUUGAGGAGAUCAUUUUUAGGCUUUGGAAAACUGAUCGACAUUUUUCACCAUUUUGACGUUUUAUAGACCAAACAACUAUUAAUCUGUAUUGAAUCCAGGGUGUCCGCGGGGUCUUAAAAAGUAUUAAAAGUUGAUAAAUCAAAUGUCGGGAAAUUAAAGAGAAAUUUCGGUUUAUUUCAACCCGUCUUGUAUCGUCCUAAAUUUGUUUCAAGUCACUAGUGACAUAGAAAUAAUAGUUGGCAUAUUAGCCGUUAGCCUAGAUACAGCCGGGGCGUCAGACCUGUUAAAACUUGAUUGAACGGGCAUCCUUUCAAGUGCAAAGUUAGUCCACUAAACAAGCUUUUUCUCCACAAAGACCGCUUCAUAUCAUUAGGAUAAAUGUCAGAGAACAUAUAGAAAACGACAUGUAAACGUGUUGUCUUACCUUACCGGUGUGGUGCCAUGUUGUUUACCAUUUAGCUAAGGCUGCAACCGGUCCCAUUCCUUGCAACAGAGGUAUUCCUCUUCUGUGGGCAUUGGGGUACAGCAUUCACAGGUAACGUUACACCACCGAUCUCCAGAGCUAAAGCCUUCCAGCAGCCAUUCCUCCUCUGUCGUCCUCUACCUGUUGUGCCUCUCUCUCUCUCUCUCCUCCUCCAUUCUUCAAUUUCACGAAGCUCUUCAUCAGUGUAUUCUGGCUCAAAUAAAUAAGGGCGGGUUUACCAUAAACAUUCAUCUCACAGACCACAGGCUUUUAUAUAAUAAACAUUGCAAUAGUAGAGAGUGGAGUUUGAGUGGAGUUUGUUGUUUGAGUUUUAAAUUAGUACACAAGCCCAACGUCUUAAACAAUUAUGCAUAUAUAUACAGUACAGGCCAAAAGUUUGG